GAUGAGAUUGACAGGGAGAUGGUUCCUCUCAUCAACACAGCCACAGAGUCCUUGCUGAGGAACCUGGAGGACCAUGCAGAAUCAGGGGAGAGCUUCGACAUCCACAGGUGUUUUGGCUGCUUCACCAUGGACGUGAUUGCCAGUGUAGCCUUCGGUACCCAGGUGGACUCCCAGAACGACCCGGAAGACCCCUUUGUCCACCACGCCCAGAAGUUCUUCUCCUUUUCCUUCUUCAGACCCAUCAUGUUCGUGUUCAUUGCCUUCCCGUUCCUCAUCGCCCCCCUGGCCAACCUCAUCCCCAACAAGAGGAGGGAUGACAUGAACAGCUUCUUCAUCAGCUGCAUCCAGAAGAUCAUCAGACAGAGAGAGGAGAUGCCCCCUGAGCAGCGCCGGCGCGACUUCCUCCAGCUAAUGCUGGACUCACGGAGCAGCAAGGAGUGCGUGUCCCUGGAACACUUCGACGUGGUGAACCACGCAGACGAGGUGCCGCACACACACCAGGAGGGCGGCCAGGACGCUCCCAGAAGGCCUCAGGGCCAGAAGAGGGUGAUGACUGAGGAUGAGAUUGUGGGCCAGGCGUUCAUCUUCCUGCUGGCCGGGUACGAGACCAGCAGCAACACGCUGGCGUUUGUCUGCUACCUGCUGGCCAUCCACCCUGACUGCCAGCGCAGGCUGCAGAGAGAGGUGGAUGACUUCUACACCAGACAUGACGCGCCAGACUACACCAACGUCCAGGAGCUGAAGUAUUUGGACAUGGUGAUCUGUGAAGCCCUGCGCCUCUACCCUCCAGGAUUCAGGUUUGCUCGAGACGUGGACCAGGACUGCGUGGUGAAUGGACAGUUCCUCCCCAAAGGAGCAACCCUGGAGAUCCCAGCCGGAUUCCUCCACUACGACCCCGAACACUGGCCCGAACCUGACAAGUUCAUCCCGGAGAGGUUCACCCCAGAGGCCAAGGCUAACCGACACCCGUUUGUCUACCUGCCGUUUGGGGCCGGGCCAAGGAGCUGUGUGGGAAUGCGAUUGGCCCAGUUGGAGAUUAAAAUGUCGCUGGUCCAUGUCUUCAGGCGAUUCAACAUUGUGGCGUGCCCUGACACCAAGGUUCCUCUGGAACUGAAGUCAUUCACCACUCUUGGACCCAAGAACGGCAUCUACGUGAAGAUCACCAGGAGAGACACUGACGUCGUGGCAGUGACUCCCUCACCGGAAGCAUAGCACACCAGCACACAUAUAGCAAUAACUAUGCAAAUAAUGUAGAUAUGACAUAACGUGUUAUUUAAUUUGAGAUUUAAAAGAAGUUUAAAGUGCCUAGUGUUGUCCCCUGAGGGACUGCACUAGUGGGAAGCUCUAUAAGAGAACAGCUCCAUCGUUCCUGGAGGGCCUGGCAGGAGACAUGAUCACGAGAGGUCAUCCAAAGACAGCGUGCCUUUUUAAUCAGGCAGACAGAGGUCAAGCCCUCCCCCAAGGACCCUGUCAGCUCCACUGACAACAAUAGCGAUUCUGCUCAAUUGGAAAUAGAAAAUAAUCAGAAUGGGAGGAACUGGGAUGGGAAUGGAGAGAUAAUGAGAUUAGUGUUGUUUAUACAUACACACAGUAUUACUUUUGGAUCUUGCUUGGCUUUUCAGAGGCCGUACACUUGUGUCGCUCCCCGUCUCCAUAACAACAUCUGUGUUUCUAAAGAUGCCUACAAGCAUGAUAGCAACUGUCAGAUUUGAAGCUGACCCACUACAUGAAGGGGUUAUUACAACCUCCCUCCUCUGCUGAUAGUGUACCUAUACCGGUUAAGAGCUCUGAAGGUUACUGAAUAUAAUGUUGGAAGCUUGACUGUAUAUACUUUGUUGACAACAAAUGAUGGUAGUUUAAAAAAUGAAAUUUGUUUAACACAUUUUUGUUUAAUUAAUUUGCUCUAUGAGUUGCAUAUUACAUAUAAAUCUGUGAUGUGUUUGGGGAAAGUUCACUUUUUUGCCUGCGGAUGGUGGUACUAAUCCUAGUUCAAUAGUUCAAUGAAAUGAUCACAAGAUGAUGACAUUUUAAGAAAAUGUAACGUGUCUUGUGGUUAUGAAUCUUGAAAUCAAUGAAAAGUGAAGCACCCAUGUUUGGUUUAAUACUAUAUAUUUAAUGUGGUCUAUUUUAUCACAAAAUUGACUCGCACAAACAUAUAGAUGAACAACGU